AUGGGACGGCAUUCCCUCUCUCUCAAGCAGAAACUGAGGAAAGGAUUGUGGUCUCCAGAAGAGGAUGAGAAACUCUACAACCACAUUAUUAAAUAUGGAGUUGGCUGCUGGAGCAGUGUGCCUUUUCAUGCAGGAUUGCAGCGGUGUGGCAAGAGUUGUAGGCUCAGAUGGAUCAACUACCUGCGUCCGGAUGUCAAAAGAGGGAAUUUCUCUUGGCAAGAAGAGGAUUUGAUCAUAAGACUGCAUGAAAUUAUGGGCAACAGAUGGUCACGAAUUGCAUUGCAGUUGCCCGGAAGAACUGAUAACGAGAUCAAGAACUACUGGAAUUCACAUCUAAGUAAGAAGCUCCUACAGAUGGGAAUUGAUCAGAGCACCCACAAGGCACUGACUGAAGUAGGAGUGCGAGAAGAGGCCAUGAAUGCUCUUUGCUCAAAUGCUAAAAGUUCUUCCGUUGAGGAAUCACCAUUGCUGUCUUCCUUAGGCCCAUUCCCAUUGCUUGAAUUUCCAACAUGUUCGUAUUCGAUGGAGACUUUUAAUGUGAAUAUUGACAGCCGACUCCAGCAGAACAUUGGGCUUUUAGGAGGCGUCUUGGAUGCCUCAGAUAAAUUAGGUCUUGGAAACACUUCAAGCAAUCGAAGUUCUGAUAGGAACUGCAACUUUAAACUAGAAGAGAUGAUUGUGGUAGAUGAAGCAGCUACUCAUUUAAGGAUUAAUGAGGUGGAAGCUCAUGAAUAUAAGUGUAAUAUCUGGCAGGAGACCUUUAAUCUGGAUUUCUUCUAGUUUAUUGAAGCUUUGUUUCUGUGUUCAUUCACUUGGAAAGCUUGGAAAGAUGCUUUGGAA